GUCCAUCACUGGGGAGUUGACGAAUUUCGCGGCUUCGGAAAUAAGACUAAUAUAAUGUUCCUAUUUCUACUGUAAAACCAUUACGUGGACAUUCAGGGAAAUUUCUUUUAGCUUUAAAGAUACACUAUGGAGUGACCGGUGGCGUUCAUCGGCUGACUCACGAAUAGAGCUAUUUGGGACAAAAGCACUGUCUUUGUGAGGUUCUGGGGUAGCAGAUUCAGUGAUUUGACUUUUGAAGGAACGAUUAAGGAUACACGUUGGCACACUCGCAUAUGCUUCUUCGGAACAGAGAAGAACCAUAUUGAGAUGGAUGUGAAACUACUUUUCAUAUUAACAUUGUUAGGAAUCCUCUGUUGUGGCAGAGCUCAACAAGAAGGGAACGAGUGCAUUAAAGCCAAUGCUUUAUCAUGCGGGGAGUGUAUUCAAGUCGGAGCAAAGUGUGGGUGGUGCACAGAUACAGAGUUUCUGAAACAGGGAGAGCCCACGUCUGCUCGCUGUGAUGAGCUGGAAUCACUGAAGAAGAGAGGGUGUGCAGUGCCCAAAAUCGAGAACCCUCGAGGUAGCCAGAAGAUCCUCAAAAACAAGAAUGUCACCAAUCGUAAGAAAGGGGCGGAGAAACUCAAACCAGAGGACAUCACACAGAUUCAGCCUCAGAAACUUACCCUCAGCCUUAGAUCGGGUGAACCACAGACCAUUAAUUUGAAGUUCAAGCGGGCAGAAGACUAUCCCAUUGACCUGUAUUACCUCAUGGACCUGUCCUACUCCAUGAAAGACGAUUUGGAGAAUGUCAAAAACCUGGGAACAAGUUUGAUGCUGGAAAUGUCAAAGAUCACUUCAGAUUUCAGAAUAGGGUUUGGCUCCUUUGUGGAGAAGACAGUCAUGCCUUACAUCAGUACUACUCCAGCCAAGCUGCUGAACCCAUGCACAGGGGACCAGAACUGCACCAGUCCCUUCAGCUACAAGAACGUCCUGAAGCUUACCAGCAAUGGGCAGCAGUUCAACACGCUCGUAGGCCAGCAGCAGAUCUCUGGAAAUCUGGACUCUCCUGAGGGUGGUUUUGAUGCUAUCAUGCAAGUGGCUGUCUGUGGUGAACACAUUGGCUGGAGGAACGUCACCCGCCUGCUGGUGUUCUCCACAGAUGCUGGUUUCCACUUUGCCGGCGAUGGGAAACUUGGUGGGAUUGUGCUUCCUAAUGAUGGAAAAUGUCACCUGAAGGACAAUAUGUACACCAUGAGUCAUUAUUACGACUAUCCUUCCAUUGCCCACCUGGUCCAGAAAUUGAGUGAAAACAACAUUCAGACAAUCUUUGCUGUCACAGAAGAGUUUCAGCCUGUUUACAAAGAGUUGAAGAACCUCAUUCCAAAGUCAGCAGUGGGCACACUCUCUGCCAACUCCAGCAAUGUGAUCAAUCUUAUUAUUGAUGCCUACAAUUCUCUUUCUUCAGAGGUGAUUCUGGAGAACAGCAAGCUGCCUGAGGGGGUGACCAUCACAUACCAGUCACACUGUAAAAAUGGAGUGAUCAACGUUGGAGAAAAUGGAAGAAAAUGCUCCAAUAUCUCCAUUGGAGAUGAAGUCUCCUUUAGUAUCAACAUUACUGCCCAGGGCUGUCCCAAGCAAGGCAAGUCUGAGACUAUCAAAAUCAAACCUCUGGGUUUUACUGAAGAAGUGGAGAUCAAGCUCAGUUUCAUCUGCGAGUGUGAGUGCCACCAGCAUGGCAUUAAGAACAGUGAACUUUGUCAUAAUGGCAAUGGGACAUUUGAAUGUGGAGCCUGCAGGUGUAACAGAGGCCGCAUAGGGAGACAGUGUGAAUGCCGGAGGGAUGAGGUGUCCAGUGAGGACUUGGACAUGAACUGCCGUAAGGACAAUGGCACAGACAUCUGUAGCAACAACGGAGAAUGUGUGUGUGGCAAGUGUGAAUGCAAGAAGAGAGAUAACCCAGAGGAACGCUACAGCGGGAAGUACUGUGAAUGUGACAACUUCAACUGCGACCGCUCCAACAACAAACUUUGUGGAGGUCACGGUCGCUGUGAGUGUCGGGUAUGCAUCUGUGAUGCCAAUUACACUGGAAGUGCCUGUGACUGCUCUUUAGACACCAGAACCUGUCUAGCCACCAACAAACAGAUCUGUAACGGUCGAGGUAUAUGCGAAUGUGGCGUCUGCAGAUGCACUGACCCCAAGUUCCAGGGUCCUACCUGUGAAAUCUGCCCUACCUGCCCAGGCGUCUGCACAGAGCAUAAGGAGUGUGUCCAAUGCAGAGCUUUUGGUACAGGCGAGAAGAAAGACACUUGUGAUGAAGAAUGCAACUUUUUCAACCUCACCAAAGUGAAGGACAGAGACAAGCUGCCACAGCCUGUCCAGGCUUUCCCCCUCAUGCACUGCAAAGAGAGAGAUGCCAACGACUGCUGGUUCUACUACACCUAUGCCGUCAAUAACAACACAGAGAAAGAGGUCCACGUGGUAGAGACAUUAGAAUGCCCUGCUGGUCCCGAUAUCAUCCCCAUCGUGGCUGGAGUAGUGGCGGGAAUUGUGCUGAUCGGCCUUGCUUUGCUCCUCAUAUGGAAGCUGCUCAUGAUCAUCCACGAUCGCCGAGAGUUCGCCAAGUUUGAGAAGGAGAAGAUGAACGCCAAAUGGGACACGGGUGAGAAUCCUAUCUACAAGAGUGCUGUUACAACUGUGGUCAACCCCAAAUAUGAAGGCAAAUAAUGGACAUAAGCAUUCUUAAGAAAUGGAGGAGGGGUGCAUUUGGGGGACUUUUUUUUUAUUUCCUCUUUCAAUAUUUUUACUCUGCCUUUUGGAUUUAUGUUGUAGUGUCAGUAUUGUAACAUCAUAUUAGGCUCUGGAAUUGAUACUAACAUUUGAUGCAAUAUUUGUACAGUUGUGUAUAGUCUUUAUUGUGCAUCUAUACUUCUUUUGAAGGCUGUUUACAUAUGUGCUUUUAUUUUGGCAUUUGUGCCUUUGACGAUCCUAAAUACAUAAAUUCUUCACUUGAAGUGAAGAAAAAAUGGUAACGCAGGAAGCCUUUAUAAAUGCUACAUAAAGUGGUAUGUAUACUUCCACUGGUGAGACUGAUGGAACCAGUUGAUGGAAGUGAAUGAAUUUCUCGCCCUUACAGACUACGGACAGUUUUUUGUCAUUUCCUCAUAAUUCAUCUUAUGCUGGAUUAUAUCAGCUUGUAAUAUUGAUGCAUAUUGUCUUAUGCUUGUGGAAUUCAUUAUCGCACAUGAAGGCUUUGGACAUAUCUCUGUUUUUAUGACCCUGUAUAAACACUUUGUUAUUCCAUCCCCAGUAACUAUGGUUUGAUCCUCUCGCAGGAGCUGGAUCUGACUUGUAGAUGAAUACAUGAUGGCUGGUUGCAAGAUGUUCAUUAAGUAGGGGUGUACUGUCAGGUAGUAUAACCUUUCACCCAGAAGUCAGAUAGGAACGCAGUAGCGACAGUAGGGACUUUUCUGCUAGACAAUAUUCACUUUUGGCUUGAUGUUGUCCAGCUGUUUAAGAAAUCCUUUGAGGGAUAUGCAGUGAAGGACAUUGUUUGGAUGUAGGUGGUAACAUAUGUGAAUGAAGGUGAGCAAGAGGAAAUCAAUGUAAAUUUCAAAUGUGUUGUUUCAUGUGAAUGACUGUUGUUAGAUUGAAAUGUUUCCAUCAGCUAGGGGAACCUUGAGAUGAAUAGGUUGAAAACCACUGCAUUGGUGAGAAUAUGUUAGUUAAUUUUUAAUUACAGGAUGUAACAGAGAAUAUUGUGAGCAAUUGAGCAUAUUGGUGUGUUAUGUUUUUCUGGGUCCUUGUCAGUGCCUAUUCCAUGGAAAUAUAAGCCUGUUUGCUGAAGACAGUUUAUCUUUCAGUAUAUAACAUUCUCAAAAGGUAAACUGUAAAGGUAUAAACUCCCUCAUUUGUUACAUUGUCAUUUUUGUUUUGUUUGCUGUUAACCUCAGAAUUACAAAAACCUUCAGGAAGAGUAUCACUAAGGGAGGAAUCUUUUGUAACAUACAACUAGUACCGAAUUGCCUCAAGUAUUAUCAUCACUCUGCUUCAUUUAAGUGCCUUCCACUAUGUUGACUAUUGCUAUGCUGUUCUGAAUUUAUUUAUUAAAAUACAGUACCAAAGGA